GCCUGGUUAAUUGGUGGGCAAUGCCCAGGCCCAAAAUAAGAAAUAUUUCCUCAAACCCUACUACAUAAAUUAUGUUAGCAACACUAACUCAGCGAGCUGUCUAAGAAGGAACAGAAGCUGCAGAGAGAAGAGACGCCGCACAAAUCUUAACAGAUAAUAGAGACAUGGGUGAGGGAGGUGUACCAGUUCCUGAGUCUGUAUUAAAGAAGCAGAAAAGAAGCGAGGAGUGGGCCCUUGUAAAGAAGCAAGAGCUUGAAGUUGCCAAGAAAAAGAAUGCUGCUAAUCGCAAACUGAUCUAUAAUAGGGCUAAACAGUACGCCAAGGAGUAUGCAGAGCAGGAGAGGGAGUUGAUCCGUUUGAAGCGUGAGGCAAGAUUGAAGGGAGGAUUCUAUGUCGACCCAGAGGCGAAGUUGCUCUUCAUCAUCAGAAUCCGUGGGAUUAACGCAAUGGCUCCUCAGACAAAAAAGAUUCUGCAGCUUCUCAGAUUGCGACAGAUCUUCAAUGGUGUCUUCCUGAAAGUUAACAAGGCCACCGUGAACAUGCUGCAUAGGGUUGAACCAUAUGUUACAUACGGGUAUCCCAACUUGAAGAGUAUUAAAGAAUUGAUCUACAAACGAGGUUAUGGGAAGGUAGACAAGCAGAGAAUUCCUUUGACCGACAAUGCAGUCAUUGAGCAGGUUUUGGGCAAGCAUGGAAUUAUCUGCAUUGAAGAUCUUGUCCAUGAGAUAAUCACCGUGGGACCUCACUUCAAGGAGGCUAACAACUUCCUAUGGCCAUUCCAGCUCAAGGCACCUCUUGGUGGACUUAAAAAGAAGAGAAACCACUAUGUUGAAGGCGGUGAUGCUGGAAACCGCGAGAAUUUCAUCAAUGAGCUCAUCAGGAGGAUGAACUAAAAGAUCUCACUAAGCAACAGUUUUGUUUCCUUAGAAGUUUGUUUUUGGUGUUUUGAACUGUUUGUAAUAUUGAACUAGACUCUCAGGUUUUGUUCUUGAGGUUAAAAAAUUGGUCUUUGGGUCUGGUUUUCUCAAUGUUCAGUAUUAAAAUGGAAAUGUACUUUCGAUUAAUACUGGAAUUUUCUUGUGUUUA